CACACGUCAAACGUCACUUGUCAACUCCAUUCUCUUUUCAAGUUUAUUGUGGUGGAGUGUCGUCUAUCUAUCAAGAUGGGUCGACGUCCAGCGAGAUGCUAUCGCUACUGCAAGAACAAACCCUACCCGAAAUCGCGUUUCUGCCGCGGCGUCCCCGACCCCAAGAUCCGCAUCUUCGACCUCGGCAAGAAAAAAGCCACCGUCGACGACUUCCCCCUGUGCGUCCACUUGGUCUCCGACGAAUAUGAACAGCUCAGCUCCGAGGCGCUGGAAGCCGGGCGUAUUUGCGCCAACAAAUACCUGGUCAAGAACUGCGGGAAAGACCAGUUCCACAUCCGCAUGCGGCUGCACCCCUUCCACGUGAUCCGCAUCAACAAGAUGUUGUCGUGCGCUGGGGCCGAUAGGCUCCAGACCGGGAUGCGCGGGGCCUUCGGCAAGCCGCAGGGCACCGUCGCGCGGGUCAACAUCGGCCAGCCAAUCAUGAGUGUGCGAUCUAGCGACCGUUUCAAGGCCCAAGUCAUCGAGGCUUUGCGGCGCGCCAAGUUCAAGUUCCCCGGUCGCCAGAAAAUCUACGUCUCCAAGAAGUUUGGAUUCACGAAAUAUGACAGGGAGGUGUACGACGACUUGAAGGAGAACGGGAGAUUGGCGCCUGAUGGCUGCAAUGUGCAGUACAGACCGGAACAUGGACCGCUAUCCGCGUGGAAAAAGGUACAGGAGGAGCUUUUGGCUAUCUAAUUUGUACGUUUUUAUUUCUGAAUAAUAAAAAAAAAACAUGUUGAAAAAACAA